AUGGGAGUAAGUGGUACACUAAAAACAUUGUCUAAAUCGGAAAAACAAAUUAUUGAAAGCUAUGGAAUUAAAAUGUUUACCUAUAUUCCGUCAAUUUUCGGAGAAAACAAACGUAGUUUUGCUAAAGAAGCCGAUGUAUUUAUAGAAAAUAACGAUGACUAUUUUGCAAAGCUUAACGAACAAAUUGAAUAUUCUUCUAUGACUCAAAAAGAUUUUAGACGCCCUGUUUUAGUAUUCUUUAAUACAAUAACAUCUCUUAUGGAGUUUUAUAAUUCAAAUAAAAUAACUUUAAGUAAAGAAAACAUACAAAUUUUAACAGAAGAGGUCUCCGAAUCACCAAAAGAAAAAGAAAUGAUAAUCAAGCGAGCAACUGUUUUGGGACAAAUUACCUUUCUAACACGAGCUUUUGGACGUGGUACAGAUUUUGUAUGCAGAGAUAAAAAUGUUAUUGCUAACGGUGGUGUACAUGUUAUACAGACCUUUUUUUCAGAAGAGUUGAGCGAAGAAGUUCAAAUUCAAGGCCGAACAGCUCGUCAAGUUAAAGUUGUAAAUGAAUUUAUAUACAGCUUCAUAUAUGUCACUGCAAUUUGUCUUCUGCACUCUUUCAUUGAAAUGGAACGUCUUCCAUGA